AUGGCGGCCAGGCUCAUGCAAUAUAACCUUGACAACAGCAAUGUCAACGUCAAAUUCGGAACAUUCAACUGUGACAACAGAAGAAACAUCAUCAAACACUGGAAUUCCUACUCAGGACACCUCAGGAGUCUCCACAACAACAACUUCUUCAACAACUUCCACUCAGGAAACAUCAGCAGCUUCUCAGAAUCUACAGUCUCAGGGUACAGAGACCACCAGAGGAUCUCCAACCAGCACCCACCCAGAUCAACUUCUUCAACAACCUCCACUCAGGAAACAUCAACUGUUUCUCAGAAUCCACAGACUCAGAGUACGGAGGCCACCAGAGGAUCUCCAACCAGCACCCAUGUGGAAGUGAUCACAUCAGCAACUCCAUCUUCCCCAGCAACUUCUUCAACAACCUCCACUCAGGAAACAUCAGCAGUUUCUCAGAAUCCACAGACUCAGGGUAGGGAGACAACCAGAGGAUCCCCAACCAGCACCCAUGGGGAAGUGACCACAUCAGCACCUCUAUCCUCCCCAGGUGGACACACUCUGACAGAGACUGUCUCUCAGGUGACAUCCCCUCCAGGUGAAACAGCCACAUCUCCCUCCAGUUUUAGCCAGACAUCAACAACAUCAGAAGUGUUCAAAACUCCAACCUCCUCAUACUCAACUGUGGAAACAACUGAAGAAACGUCAACACGUAAAACUGGGAGUCCUCCUCCAGUCACCUCAGUAGUCUCCACAACAGGAACUUCUUCAACAACCUGCACUCAGGAAACAUCAGCAGCUUCUCAGAAUCCACAGACUCUGAGUCUGGAGACCACCAGAGGAUCUCCAACCAGCACCCACCCAGAUCAAGACACCCCUGAGAACAGCAGAAGUGGUGACAAUGCCAACUUCUGCACACUCAGCUCUGGCAACCACAGAAGACAUGUCAUCCCCUACAACUGUGAGUCCUCCUCCAGUCACCUCAGUAGUCUCCACAACAGCAACUUCUUCAACAACCUCCACUCAGGAAACAUCAGCAGUUUCUCAGAAUCCACAGACUCAGAUCACCUCAGUAGUCUCCACAACAGCAACUUCUUCAACAACCUGCACUCAGGAAACAUCAGCAGCUUCUCAGAAUCCACAGACUCGGGGUACGGAGACCACCAGAGGAUCUCCAACCAGCACCCACCCAGAUGUGACCACAUCAUCACCUCCAUCUUCCCAGGGUGGAAACACUCCGACAGAGACAGACUCUCAGGCGACAUCCCCUCCAGUUGUGGAAACAACAGAAGACACAUCGUCACCUACAACCAGACGUCCUCCUCCAGUCACCUCAGUAGUCUCCACAACAGCAACUUCUUCAACAACCUCCACUCAGGAAACAUCAACUGUUUCUCAGAAUCCACAGACUCAGAGAACUUCUUCAACAACCUCCACUCAGGAAACAUCAGCAGCUUCUCAGAAUCCACAGACUCUGAGUCUGGAGACCACCAGAGGAUCUCCAACCAGCACCCACCCAGAUGUGACCACAUCAUCACCUCCAUCUUCCCAGGGUGGAAACACUCCGACAGAGACAGACUCUCAGGCGACAUCCCCUCCAGUUGUGGAAACAACAGAAGACACAUCGUCACCUACAACCAGACGUCCUCCUCCAGUCACCUCAGUAGUCUCCACAACAGGAACUUCUUCAACAACCUCCACUCAGGAAACAUCAACUGUUUCUCAGAAUCCACAGACUCUGAGUCUGGAGGCCACCAGAGGAUCUCCAACCAGCACCCACGUGGAAGUGAUCACAUCAGCAACUCCAUCUUCCCCAGGUGGACACACUCUGACACAGACAGUCUCUCAGGCGACAUCCCCUCCAGAAGACACAUCGUCACCUACAACCAGACGUCCUCCUCCAGUCACCUCAGUAGUCUCCACAACAGCAACUUCUUCAACAACCUCCACUCAGGAAACAUCAACUGUUUCUCAGAAUCCACAGACUCUGAGUCUGGAGGCCACCAGAGGAUCUCCAACCAGCACCCAUGUGGAAGUGAUCACAUCAGCAACUCCAUCUUCCCCAGGUGGACACACUCUGACACAGACAGUCUCUCAGAAACAACAGAAGAAACAUCAUCCCCUACAACUGGGAGUCCUCCUCCAGUUAACUCAGGAGUCUCGACAACAGCAACUUCUUCAACAACCUCCACUCAGGAAACAUCAGCAGUUUCUCAGAAUCCACAGACUCUGAGUCUGGAGGCCACCAGAGGAUCUCCAACCAGCACCCACGUGGAAGUGAUCACAUCAGCAACUCCAUCUUCCCCAGGUGAAACAGCCACCACAUCUGAUUCUACCUUCAGCAAGACAUCCCCAACAAGUGCAGUAGUCACAACAACACCAAACUCCGCACACUCAGUUGUGGAAACAACAGAAGACACAUCGUCACCUACAACCAGACGUCCUCCUCCAGUCACCUCAGUAGUCUCCACAACAGCAACUUCUUCAACAACCUCCACUCAGGAAACAUCAACUGUUUCUCAGAAUCCACAGACUCUGAAGAGAACAGAAGAAACAUCAACACUUAAAACUGGGAGUCCUCCUCCAGUCACCUCAGUAGUCUCCACAACAACAACUUCUUCAACAACCUCCACUCAGGAAACAUCAACUGUUUCUCAGAAUCCACAGACUCUGAGUCUGGAGGCCACCAGAGGAUCUCCAACCAGCACCCACCCAGUGCAAGACAUCCCCAACAAGUGCAGUAGUCACAACAACACCAAACUCCGCACACUCAGUUGUGGAAACAACAGAAGACACAUCGUCACCUACAACCAGACGUCCUCCUCCAGUCACCUCAGUAGUCUCCACAACAGCAACUUCUUCAACAACCUCCACUCAGGAAACAUCAACUGUUUCUCAGAAUCCACAGACUCAGAGAACUUCUUCAACAACCUCCACUCAGGAAACAUCAGCAGCUUCUCAGAAUCCACAGACUCUGAGUCUGGAGACCACCAGAGGAUCUCCAACCAGCACCCACCCAGAUGUGACCACAUCAUCACCUCCAUCUUCCCAGGGUGGAAACACUCCGACAGAGACAGACUCUCAGGCGACAUCCCCUCCAGUUUUAGCCAGACACCAUCAACAACAUCAGAAGUGCUCAAAACUCCAACCUCCUCAUACUCAACUGUGGAAACAACAGAAGACACAUCGUCACCUACAACCAGACGUCCUCCUCCAGUCACCUCAGUAGUCUCCACAACACCAGACACCAUCAACAACAUCAGAAGUGCUCACAACACCAGCCUCUACAUAUUCAACUGUAGAAACAACAGAAGAAACAUCAUCCCCUACAACUGGGAGUCCUCCUCCAAAACGUCAACACGUAAAACUGGGAGUCCUCCUCCAGUCACCUCAGUAGUCUCCACAACAGGAACUUCAUCAACAACCUCCACUCAGGAAACAUCAGCAGCUUCUCAGAAUCCACAGACUCUGAGUCUGGAGACCACCAGAGGAUCUCCAACCAGCACCCACCCAGAUCAAGACAUCCCCAACAAGUGCAGUAGUCACAACAACACCAAACUCCGCACACUCAGUUGUGGAAACAACAGAAGACACAUCGUCACCUACAACCAGACGUCCUCCUCCAGUCACCUCAGUAGUCUCCACAACAGCAACUUCUUCAACAACCUCCACUCAGGAAACAUCAACUGUUUCUCAGAAUCCACAGACUCUGAGUCUGGAGGCCACCAGAGGAUCUCCAAUCAGCACUCAUGUGGAAGUGAUCACAUCAGCAACUCCAUCUUCCCCAGUCAGCAAGACACCCCCGAGAACAGCAGAAGUGGUGACAAUGCCAACUUCUGCACACUCAACUCUGGCAACCGCAGAAGACAUGUCAUCCCCUACAACUGUGAGUCCUCCUCCAGUCACCUCAGUAGUCUCCACAACAGCAACUUCUUCAACAACCUCCACUCAGGAAACAUCAGCAGCUUCUCAGAAUCCACAGACUCAGAGUACGGAGAUCACCAGAGGAUCUCCAACCAGCACCCAUGGGGAAGUGACCACAUCAGCAACUCCAUCCUCCCCUGCUGCAACAAAAGAAAAAUCUGCAUCAACUUCUUUAAGGACCUCCACUCUGGAUGCAAUAGGGACCCUUCCUUGGGCUACAUCACCUCCAGCACCUCUCCUCGGGAAUCCUUGUCUGUGCCCAACAUAGGUCACACUCACGCCACACAGACCACACCAGAAUCCCAAACCAUGAGUUCAAUCACCCCCGUGACUGACACACUCAAUGUGGCAACAUCCGCAGCCUCUUCUGCCACACCAAGUGGACCCUCAUCCUCAGCAAGCACUCCUCAGGAGGCAUCCACCAUGGCUGAGGUGACAACCUCCAUCCCUGCACCCUCCGGGGACAGACACCCAGCCACAGGACCAUGGGCAGCACCAACCAGCCCCGGCUCCACCCUCCGGCCCUCCGGAGGCCCAUCACCUUCCACAGCAAGCACGGUUUCCCGGGACACUGCUGUCACCUCCACAUCAGGGGGCCCAGGAGGACAGCAGGCAUUGCCUUUUGCAAGCACCUCCCCUGCCACAGCCCAAGUCAUUUCCCAAACCCACCAGACGCGAGGCACAGAGACCACCGGGGAGGCUCAGCCCAGCACACCAGCCUCCUCAGUGCCAGACACCACCGCCACAGCCACGGCUGCCACACCUUCCCCCACGGCAAGUAGCACAACCUCCGGAAGGGCUUUCCCGGAAACGGCCACUGCAGCCAAGACCGCCGACUUUCCAACAACUCCCUCCAGCAGCAGCCACACAACUCCACCAACGGCUGAGCUGUUGUCCUCUGGCACCAGUCACGACGCUACCCCUGGAGCCGUAGGAAUGACGUCUCCUGAUGUACCCAGCACCUUUUCUCCUACCAUCACUGGGGUCCCGACUGAUUGGACAGCGUCUUCCAGGACCCCUCAGGAGAAGCCAGCUGUCUCCCAGAUGGCUCACACUCGAAGUGCGGGAACCACCAGAGGGCCUGAAGUCGGCACCUUGGCCUCCCAGCUCACUGACACCUUCUCAACAGUCACAGCACCCGCACCUCCCGCACCCACGCCCACUGAGCACACAUCACAAACCGAGACUCGCACUCCAUCACCUUCAGGCAGCAGCACAGCCUCUAUCUCAACCCCAGGCAGCCACAGCCAUGGGAGCCAAACGACAAUGCCAGCUUUCAGUCCUCCUACCCUAGUUCCAGGUCACACCGCUCCCCUGUCAGUUACAAGUACUUCCUCCCCACCCACAGCAUCUUUGGGCUCCACAGUGAAGACCAAAACAUCAGGAAUGAUCACAACCUCACUGUGGACAAAUGGUGGGAGAAGCACAGCACUGUCACCGCCCUCAACAACCUCCCUGACCCCUACGAACUCCACGCCCACCACAUCCACAGGCUUCCGUUCAACAGCUCCCUCUGUCCCCGUCCAGCAGGGACAAGGCGUCUCCCUCUUUCCCUACGGGUCGAGCGUUGGAGACACGCAGUUCGUCAGGAGGACCGUGGACUUCACCUCUCAGCUCUUCAAGCCGGGCAUUGGCUUCCCCCUGGGCUCCUUUCUGCGAGAUUCCCUCUACUUCACAGACAACGGCCAGAUCAUCUUCCCGGAGUCAGACAGCCAGAUCUUCUCCUACCCCAAUCCGCCUCGGCGAGGCUUCACAGCCUGGGACCCCGUGGCCGUGGUGGCUCCCUUCUGGGACGAUGCUGACUUCUCCAUCCGUCGGGGAACCAUAUUUUACCAGGAAUAUGAGACAUUCUAUAAUGAAUACAACCCGCUAGUCUGGCAGGUGGAGUCUUGGAUUCGAAGGUUCACAAACUCCUGGAGCUACAAAGCCAAGUGGACCUUAAAGGUCACCUGGGCCAACGCCCCCGCCUAUCCUGCCCAGUGGACCUUCGGGACCUGCACCUACCAGGCCAUCCUCUCCACCGACGGGAGCAUGUCCUACGCGCUGUUUCUUUACCAGAGCAAUGGGAUGCAGUGGGAUGUAGCCCAGCGCCCAGGCAACUCGGUCCUCAUGGGCUUCUCCAGUGCAGACGGGUAUUUUGCCAACAGCCCGCUGAUUUCCCGGCCAGUGUGGGAGAGGUAUCGUCCGGACCGAUGGCUGAAUUCCAGAUUAGGCCUCCGGGGGCUGCAGAUCUACAGGCUCCACAGGGAGGCGAUACCCAACUACCGUCUCAAGUGCCAGCAGUGGCUGCAGAGCCAGCCUCAGUGGCCCAGCUGGAACUGGAACCAGAUCUCCUGCCCUUGCACCUGGCAGCAGGGACGAUGGGACUUACGAUUCCGGCCUGUGGGCUCAGGCUGGUGGGGCCAUGGCGGUGGCCGGAAGCUGUGCCGCUUCUCCUCCUGGCAAGGAGGCGUGUGCUGCAGCUACGGGCCCUGGGGAGAGCUUCGUGAAGGCUGGAGAGUGCACAGUCCUUGGCACUUUGAGCAGGAACUGGAGGCGCAGAGCUGGUGCUGCCACUGGAAUGACAAGCCCUUCUUCUGCUCACUGUACCAGCGGAGGCAGCCGCCCAUCAGCUGUGCUGGAUACAGGCCCUCCAGGCCGGGCUGGAUGUUUGGGGACCCCCACAUCACCACCUUGGAUGGCGCCAAUUACACCUUCAAUGGGCUGGGGGACUUCCUGCUGGUCCGGGCCUGGGAUGGGAACUCCUCCUUCCUGCUGCAAGGCCGCACUGCCCAGACCGGCUCCGCCCAGGCCACCAACUUCAUCGCCUUUGCAGCUCAGUAUGAGUCCAGCAGCCUGGCCCCCAUCACGGUUCAAUGGUUUCUGGAGCCCAAUGACACAAUCCGUGUGCUGCACAAUAACCAGACUGUGACAUUUGAGACUGACCUUGAAGAUGCAGAAGGCCAGGAGAUUUUCAACACCACCGGGGUGCUGCUGACCCGCAACGGCUCUCAGGUCUCAGCCAGCUUUGACGGCACGGUGGCCAUCUCGGUGAUGGCUGUCUCCCACCUCCUCCACGCCUCCUCCAGCCUCCCAGAGGAGUACCAGGGCCGCACGGAGGGCCUCCUGGGGCUCUGGAACAACAAUCCCGACGAUGACUUCCGGAUGCCCAAUGGCACUUCCGUGGCCCGCGGGAGCUCCGAGGAGCAGCUUUUCCACUAUGGGAUGACCUGGAAGCUCAACGGGACAGGCCUCCUUGGCCAGAGGGACGACCGGCUGCCUCCCACCUUCACCCCUGUCUUCUUCUCCCAACUGCUGGACAACAGCUCCUGGGACCCGGCUCUGGUCUCUGGGUGCAGUGGAGACAGACAAUGCAUCUAUGACGCGCUGGCCAUGCGAGACGCCGGUGCAGGAAUCCACACUAGGACGCUGUUUAGAAAGUACCGGCAGAUGAACGCCACCCAGAAUCAGUUCCCGCCCUCCAUCAAGGGUGAGCACGUGAUUGGCGCCUAUAAGGGGAAGACCGUGUGGAUUCCGUACACCAGCGACUCAGAGAAUGUCGUGUUCACGCUCAGAAACAACUGCCCUGACAUCAAGCUCUUCGAGAACGGGACGUUGCUGUGGACCCCGAAGUCACUGGAACCAUUCACUCUGGAGAUCCUAGUGAGAAGCACCAAGACGGGCCUGUCGUCUGCCUUCCAGCCCCAGACCGUGCUCUGUGCGUGCAGUGCAGAGAGCCAGUGUCUGUACAACCAGACCAGCUGGGUGGGCAAUUCCUCCCUCCAGGUGACUGACUGCAAGUGUGAUGGGGACACCUUUGGCCGCUUCUGUGAGCGCUCCAAGGACCCCUGUGAGGAGGAGUGCUUCCCCGGCGUGAGCUGCGUUCCUGAGCGAGGCUGCGAGGCCUGCCCCAUGGACAUGACCGGAGACGGGCGGCACUGUGCAGCCCUGGAGAACUCCGACCUCUGUCAGAACCACUCCUGCCCUGUGAAUUACUGCCACAACCAGGGCCACUGCUACAUUGCCCCGACGCUGAGCUGCCAGCCCUCCUGCACCUGCCCCCCAGCCUUCACCGACGCCCGCUGCUUCCUGGCUGGGAACAGCUUCACUCCAACCACCCAUCAAGAUUUUCCCUUAAGAACCAUCCAGCUCUUGCUCAUCGAAGAUGAAAAUGCCUCCGUAGCAGAGGUCAACGCCUCGGUGGCCUACAGGCUGGGGACCCUGGACGUGCGUGCCUUCCUCUGGAACAGCCUAGUGGAACCAAUCGCCUCUCCGGUCCCCGGCUCCGGAAGCCCCAUUCAGCGCUGGAAGGUCACCUCGCAUUUCCAGUACCGGCCUCAGGGCCCUGUCAUCGACUUCCUCAACAACCGGCUCCAGGAGGCGGUGGUGCAGGCCUUCUUCCUGCAGGCUCAGAGGAGGAGGUGGAAGAGGAGCGAGGGGCCCAGGAACAACGUGCUCUUCUACCCCAUCUCCAGGGCGGACGUGCAUGACCUCGCAGCGCUGAAUGUGAGCACGCUGGAGACAUACCUCAAAUGCAGUGGCUACGAGGGCUACCACCUGGUCUACGGCCCCCAGAGCGGCUUCACCUGCACGUCCCCGUGCGCCGAGGGCUACUGUGACCACGGAGGCCAGUGCCAGCACCUGCCUGACGGGCCCCGCUGCAGCUGUGUGCCCUUCUCCAUCUACUCGCCCUGGGGCGAGCGCUGCGAGCACCUGAGCGUCAAAGUCGGUGCCUUCUUGGGGAUCCUCUUCGGGGCCCUGGGCGCGCUCCUGCUGCUGGCGAUCGCCACGUUUGUGCUCCUGCGCUUCUGCGCCUGCGGCAGAGUCAAGUCCUGCUCCUACCCUCUGGGCUUGGUGGGCUGA